CAAUGUUUCACUACAAAUACGUUCACAAACCAUCAUCAUCUCUUCACCCCCUUCCUUCAAAUAUAGAAAAUAUGGCAACACAAAACAAGAUUCAGAAAAACUCUCUCAUCAUUUUCCUCUUCACCUUAGUCGUCAUCGCCCAGACCGCUACCUCUCAGAACUGCCUCACCAUUGGUUGUCCUGGCAUUAACGAGUGUUGUAGCCAUACGGGUUACUGCGGCACCAAUGUAGAGCACUGCGGCUUUUGGUGCCUCAGCGGCCCUUGCCAACUUUCUAAGAGUUCCAGCUCUUACAGACUCAAUGAUGGCCCACGCGGGAAGAUCGAAAGCAUUGUUACACCUGCAUUAUUCCACAGACUCAUGCGUAAAGUCGGAAGUAAUUGCACGGGAAAAGGUUUCUACACCCGUGAGGCUUUCAUCACAGCAGUCAAAUCUUUCGAAGGCUACAAGGGAACGGUAGCUAAACGCGAGAUUGCGGCCAUAUUGGCUCAGUUCUCUUACGAAUCUGGAAAUUUUUGUUACAAAGAAGAAGUAACGAGUGAGACAUAUUGCUCGUCAAGCAAGACAUACCCUUGUCAAUCGGGAAAGAAGUACUAUGGUCGCGGUCUCUUGCAGUCAAUCAAAUGGAACGAGUUCUAUGGUGAGGCGGGAAAGUACCUUGGCCUCCCUCUAUUGAAAGAUCCAGAUAUGGUGGCUCGUAGUCCGGAAGUGGCUUUCAAAUUUGCAAUGUGGUUUUGGAAGACCGAAGUUGGUCCAUCACUAAGACUAGGAUUUGGAGCGACCACGAUGAGGAUCAAUGGCAUAGAGUGUGGUGGUAUGAGUUGGAAUGCUGAGGCUAUGCAGAACAGGAUUAACCAAUACUUGGAGAUCUGCAAGUGGUUUGGGGUGAAUCCUGGUAAAGAUCUAUAUUGCUAAAAGGCAUUCCAUGUGAUAGUACGUUUAACUUAAUUUAAGUUGUCGAUUGUAAUGUUUCCAAUAAUUAAAGGUUUCGAUUGUGGUGUUUCCAGUUUUAAAGAUUAAAAGUCAUCAGGUGAGAAUAUAAUAUGUAAUAAUAUCACAAAUGGAAAAAAAUAAAAUAAUGGCUACAAGUAUUGA